AUGGAAGAACUGGGGCAGAGACUCGAUGGAGUGGGACUGAGUACACAGCACUGGCUGCCCAAACUACGAGACAAAUUGGGGAUUACCUCUGCGCAGGCUUUGAAACACCUAAGCUAUGAAGACUAUUUAAAGCUGGAGUGCGAAGUAGAGCACGCAUGGGAAAAGCAGGCUCUCCGAACCCUACUUAACAUAACAGAGAGCAAGACAACAAUGAAACAGCUGCAGGAGCAGCGCUUGGAGAUGCUAAAGAAGAGGCAGGAGCAGGCUAAAUUGGCACUUGAGGGAUUAAAGGAAAUGCAGGAGAAAGGCAGGAGCCGCCAUGAGGAAGCUGUAAAACAGAAAGAGGAGGAGCUGCGGAUAGCUAUGGACAUAGCCCCAGAGUAUUGGGCACCGUCUGAGAAGCCAUUGAUGGAGGUGAUGGAGAAUGUGCACAAGCAAUUAAGCUUCCUGGAGAAGUCGGUGUCCCAGAGUGAGAAUCUCCCUGACAAGGAAGUUUUGAGACGGGCGUCGGGAGGGCUGGCCCUGCAGGGCAUUUACCAGACCAAGAAGCUUGCAGAGAUGGUGGAGAAGCGAGAGCAGCUCAUAGACAUCCCAGAAGGGUUCGAGCUCUUUGGUCCACAGCAAGGGCCACUGUUUGAGAAGAAAGAGUUUGCAUCGGCCGAAGCAGAAUCCACAUUCACAAGGACCAUGGAAAAGCUGGGCUUCAGCAUUAGUGUUGCAGUCAAAGGUGGAUUUGGGGGGUUUAGUGCUGAAACCAGCUCAGAUUACAGCAGCUCUUCAGAAUCUGAAGAAACCCACAAAUCCCGCUCUGAGCACACUUACAUUUGCACCACCAAGUACAACUACAUCCCACUGGCCUCAUGCUACUUCCCCAAGGAUCAGCUUCGACUUUCCAGUGCAGCGCUGCAAGAGUUAAAAGAGAUCGAGCUGCUUUUGAGUCACACCCCAGAGCCGGACAAGCUCAACAUGCUGAAGAGCAGGGGCGGGCGAUUCUUCAAGAGAUUCGGGUCUCAUGUAAACCAGGGCCCCCUUCACUUGGGUGGGAUAUUCUGGUGGAAAGCGUCUUCUGAGGGAUUCCGGGCAGAGCAGCUGGACGAGGUGAAGAAACAAACAUCUGAUGCACUCAGCUCCUAUGUUGGGGGCAGCUAUAGUGGCUUUGGUUGGAGUAUUGCAGCUGGUGUUACUGCAUCAAACUCAGGUUCUGAAGCCUCAUUUCAGGGCACAGAUCGAAAACGCAUGCACACAGAGAUUCAGCUGUUUGUGACCAAGACAGGAGGCCCACCAGAGACACAUUCUCUCACCCAAUGGCAAUCUGGGCUCGUGACCAGUAACAAAACCUGGAGUGUCAUUGACCGAGGAUUUCAGCUAAUUCCUGUGUGGGAGAUCAUCCUGUCCAAUCACAGAGAAGAUUUUAGAGAUGUUCAUCAAAUCAGCAGCAGUCUCAGAAAUGCCUACGAAGUCCUAACUAACCAAACUAUUGGUACAUUGUUUGGUGAGGGAUUAGCCAGUGCAGUGGAUGAGGCCAGAUUUUUCUUAGAGGAAAUGAAGUCCUGGGAAGUCACUGGGGUUGAAGAACAGCUGGUGACUCUGCUCAAUUUCAAACAGAAGCUGACUGAAAAAACAAAGAACUACAGUGUAUGGAUUAACGUUUGCCUGUCGGAUAAAGUGCUUCAAGACUUCCUGGAAAAUACAGUUUCACUGUGCGAAGAUUUGCUGGCACAAAAUACUGUGUACAUGAAAUCUGUGCUGCACUGCCUUCUGGAUCCUCAUGUCUAUUCAGUUAAGAAUUUCCCCAAAUCUUCCUCUAUUGUGCAGUGGAUCUUUCAUGAAGAAAAAAAGCAGCAAAAAAAUAUGUCUGUCUCUGAAUUUGCUGAUUUUAUUCAAGUCCUACAGGAAAUGAAGAAUUACAUACAGGAAGUUACUUAUGACCCUAUGUCUUCUGCAGCAGCAGUGCAAAAAGCAAAGGAAAAGGCCACCUUAAAUGUGAGCUUAGCUUUGACUUCCUUUCUGCAGGCUCUACGGGAGAAAGAGCAGAGAGACAUCGAGCUGUUGUUACUCUCAGUUGCAGCCAGCACAGGAUACCGUGUGGAAAGUCACACUUUUCAGUAUCUCCUCGGGUGCCCAGAAAUUAACUUCAUGUUAAAGGAAAUGCAAACAGCACACAAGGAAUAUUUGAGUCACAGGGAUCAAAAUGUUGCCAGAGCUCAGGCUUCCCUGCUGUUGACCGGUCUGACAGUGACAGCUGAAUUCAAAGAUGUAACUCCGGAGGAGAAGAAUAAACGUUUGACUUUUAUGAAACAUCACAUGGGAAAAUUACUCUCUGCAGAAAUAGCAAAUGUUCUUAGAAAGCACAGUGAACGGAAUGAUUGGGACAUACUGGAAGAAGACUUAAAUUGCUUUUUAAAUGGGGAUUUUGAAGCCGCAAAUGAUAAUUUGCAGAAACGGGAUAUAAUAAAAGAACUAGAAGACAUCUGUCAAAGAGCAAAACCAUCAAAAUUAGAACCAAAAGUGCAAUCUACUGAUGUUGAAAUAUAUGAACCUAUUGAAAACCAAGAGUUCCUUAAUUUAAUGAAGCGACUUGGACUUGAAAAGUACUAUCCAAGGAAAAUGGGGACAGACAGUUUCCAUAUAAUUUACAAGACCUCUUUACAUGACAGUGAGCCCAGCACAGAAGAUAAGCUGCCAUUUUAUUUUUUGCAAAAGCUGUUAAUGGUGGACUAUCGGGUCAGGUAUUUGGUUUGUAAGGAUGAUGGUAAAGCAAAACAAGAUAUAACCAGGGCAUUGAACACCACAGACAAAAAGAGUGAAUCCUCAGAUACAUUUGAUGACAUUUUUGAUUAUUUUAGUGAGGGAGCCAAUGAAUCUGCUACAAAUCAGGGACACGUGCACCCAAUGGACAUCCAGAUGGCAAUUUUUCAUUGUGCAGAUGAUUUCAUGAGACAAUAUGUUGCAACAAAGCUCGCUUUCUGCCAGUUUGCACUCCCACUUCUGGUGCCAAAUCCUUCUACUUCACAAAUAGAAUUCCCUCUUUGGACCCUUAGCCAAGUAAAAAAGAGCUGGAAAAGUGCUGAAAAAUCAGGACUUGAGAGUACCAUUCAAAAUUAUAAAAACAAACUGAUUUAUCAAGCAGAUACACCUGUGGUGUCCUUCACACGGAUUGGCAAUUCGCCUCAUUCUUCUAAGUCUCAGAUCCUGAAUGCUCUGCUGGGUAAGCACAAACAUGACAUUUUUUUCCACCGUCACUGUAGAGGCAGCAGCAAAGAUUGUGUCCUGAUGAACGGGGUUGUGGAAAUCUCCUGGUACUGUCCAGGUGGAAAGGAUGAUGACAGAUUUGACAAUUGCAUCGCCUUCACUAAUCUUCAUGGGGAUGCAAGAGAGCAUGAGCAACAAGUCACAUUUUUACAGGAGAUUGCUUCUAUAAAUGUGGUUCUCUUAUCAGAUACAGAUCAGAAUGACAAAAGGGGCAAGCAAAUUAUCCGUGAUCUUUGGCAAUCUCAAAAGCCUUUGAUCUGCCUUUUUGCUGAAAAAGAGAACAUUGUGGCUGGUAAAUUGAGUCAGAAUGUAGGAAUAGGCAUCAAGAACAGAAACGAGGCAGAAUUAAUAGAUGAAAUAACAGCAACAAUCAGAGACUUUCUGGCAGGCUCAAUUGCCACUUGUAGUCUUGAUGCUUGUGUAAAAAGUGCUCGUGAGCAUGGCUUCCUCAUUGAUGAAGACAAGGAAGAGUGCAAGGAAGCCAAGUCAAAGGCACAGGAAUUGAUGUUCCUCUUGAGAAAGCAUAGCUUAGCAAGCAUGAAGGAAGAGCUAUUGCCUCUUCAAGGAGAAUUAUGGCACAGGUGGUGUAAGAAAGAUAAGGAACUUACUCGCUUGCAUGAUAAAAAGAACAGAAGCAUUGAACAGCACCGCAGCCAAAUUGAAUCAGAUAAAUAUGCAAUACGACGUGAUCAAUUAAGUAAGGCAUUCCCCCUCAAUAACCUAAUGAAGUCAGUGCUUGAAUUUCUCCAGUCACAUCCAGAGGCCACUAAAAAGUACUUCCUGCAAUGGAUGAAAGUAUUUAUGGAUGAAUUGUCCUCUGACCGCCUUGUAGAUCUUCACCAGAAAUACCACAAAUUAUGGUCUGAAAUAUUGAUAAAGAAAAAAGAAGAAAAUAAUUUGAAAACUAGAUUGCAAAAUGAUUUAGAAAAACUCUCAGCUGAGAUAAAUGAUUCUACAAUUGGCCUUGAACACAUUUUGAGAGAGGUAGGUCAGAUUUAUGAAGCUCUGGAUGCAAUGAUCCAAAAAGAUAAAUGUUUUCUUGAAUUACCUCAAAUUGCAGCUGACCUGAUGAUUUCAGGUUAUCCCAUUGAGCUGAUGGACGGCGAUGCUUCAUACGUGCCAUUAAAAUGGGUCGGAGCAGUUUUUGACUCAUUAAUUGAGAAGCUAGGAGACAGAAAGGUGUUUGUUCUUUCUGUUCUUGGCAUUCAGAGCACUGGAAAAUCAACACUACUGAAUGCCAUGUUUGGUCUUCAGUUUAGUGUCAGUGCAGGGAGAUGCACCAGGGGAGCAUUUAUGCAGCUGAUUAAGGUGGAUGAGAACCUCCAAAAGGAUCUGAACUUUGAUUACAUACUAGUUAUUGAUACGGAAGGGCUCCGGGCCAUAGAGAGAGCCAAUAAGUUGUCCCUUAAUCAUGAUAAUGAGCUAGCCACCUUCGUCAUUGGUAUUGGCAACAUGACUGUGAUCAAUAUCUUUGGUGAGAAUCCUUCUGAAAUGCAAGAUAUCCUGCAGAUCGCUGUCCAGGCAUUUCUGAGGAUGAAGAAAGUAAAUCUCUCCCCAAGCUGUUUGUUUGUGCACCAAAAUGUUGGAGACAUAAGUGCAAAAGGAAAAAAUAUGGAAGGACAAAGACGCCUCCAGCAAAAGUUAGAUGAAAUGACAGUUACUGCCGCCCAGCAAGAGUUCUGUGAUGUAACCUGCUUCAGUGACGUUAUCCGAUUUGACGUGAACACCCACAUUCAUUACUUUGCUCACCUCUGGGAAGGUGACCCACCAAUGGCACCUCCGAACCCCAGCUACAGCCAAAAUGUGCAGGAACUGAAGAGCAAGAUUCUCAUGGCUGCCAAAAAGGAAUCCAAGGGCAGUGUUUUAAAGCUGUCGGGAUUAAAAAUUCGAAUCGGUGAUUUGUGGAAGGCUUUGUUAAAUGAGAAUUUUAUUUUUAGCUUUAAGAACUCGCUGGAGAUUGCGGCCUACAACAGGUUAGAAACAAUGUUUAGCCAAUGGACCUGGGAUCUGAGAAGCCACAUGCUAGAGCUGCAGACAAAACUAAACAAUCAAAUCAGGAACAGAGAAAUGCUCCAGAUCACCAGAGAAAGCCUUGAAGGAGAAGUUAAAGAAAAAUAUGGUGCCAUCAUGGAUCAACUCGAAAAGUAUUUCAUUGAAGACCCAGAUGCUGAAAUAUUGAUUCAAUGGAAAGCAAGCACAGAAAUUAAAUUGAAAGAUCUUAAAAUGUCACUUAUUGAUGAAACUAAGAGGAAAUCUGAAGACCUUAUCAGACUAAGGAAGAACCGAAGCAAACUGGAUGAAAGGAAGUCAGAAUAUGAAAAGGAGCUAUUCAAAAAGAGUCAAGAGUUGGCUCUGUCAUUAAAAGGCAAGGAAUUGAGUGAAAAUGAACUGAGAGAGAACUUCAACCUCCUGUGGGGAAAAUGGGUCUAUGAAGUGUCCUCUGAUGCCCCUCCUGCUACAGAGCCUAACAUCAGGGUUGAUAUAGAAAACAUCCUGCUCGAGCGUUUUGAACGGAAGUCUGUCAUAGCAGAAAAAAUUAAGGCCUGUUCUAGCAAGAAUAUGUUUUCCACUGAUUUUUCGAAGCAUAUCACCAUAAAGAAAACAUGGUUUGUAUUCAAGAAGACUUUAGAGAAGUUUGAUAGAGACAGCAUAGGGCAGGUUACAGACUGCAUCACGCAGGGGGUCAGAGCAAUGAUCGAUAGUAAAGAGCAGCAGAGACUGGAUUACAGUGCAAGUUACAUUCACGAAAUACUGAAUAAAAUAAGACAAGAGGUGGACUCUGCAUCUAAUAACCCAAAGUACACAUUUAAUAAUGAUUACAUAAUAGAUUUAUCAGUAUUUUUAUGCAAAAUGGCAAGAGAAAGGUUUGAAGACAUGCACACAGCAUUUAAAAAAGCAAAUGAUCCAACUGUCUACCUGGAGAGUAAAAGAGAAGAUUUCUUCAAGUGUUUUCAGAUUUCCUGCCAAGGAGCAGCCUCCAUCACAGCAUUUGCUGAUUUCUUAUGCACCAAGCUUGCUGCAGCUCUCCGCCAGGCAGUCUAUGACAAGACUGCCAUUGACAUAGCCAGUGAGAUGAAGUCUACACUUCCAGCUUUCAAUGGGAACAGAGCCAAACUAGAAAACUAUAUUCUUGUGUAUCUGGCAGAGAAGGAAGACUUUGAGGAGUACAAGCGAUACAUUCAAUCCCCAAAAUACUUUUUUGAGGAUUUUAUCAAGCAGCGUGUUGAUGAUUAUUGCUUAGACAAGAACAAUCCAAAACUGAAGAGUUUCCUAAACAAUUCCCUUGAUUCUUUCCAUACUAUUGUCCUUUCAGCUAUUCACGACUCAACUGAAGUUACUAAAGACAGAAGUGGCAAUGUAUCCUUAUGGCUGGAUGAAUUUUGCAAGAGACUUCUACAGCAUUUAACCCUUCCAAGAUGUGAUCUAAAAGGCAUUGAACAUCAGGAGGUAACCGACAUAGAGUUUCUUAAGGAAGCAAUGAGUAAAGCAUUGGCUCCUGUGGUAGAAAAUCUGAAAAAAGACUUUGCUGUCAUUGGUAUGGAGCCAUUUUCAAGAAAACCACAUGAAAUUCUAGCUGAACAGCUUGGUGGGUGCUGGGAGAAGUGCCCCUUUUGCACAGCUCCUUGCACAAACACCAUAGCUAGUCAUGAUGGAAAACACAGUGUUCCUUUCCAUCGGCCUCAAGCUGUGGGUGGUGGGUGCUGGCAUAAAACAGACAAUCUAGUUAUUGAUAUUUGUUCCAGUCUUGUAGCAAGUGAUUGCCUAUACAAACUUAGUGAAGACCAACAAAUUCCAUACAAGAAGUAUUGGGAAGGAGGACCGCCUUAUUGCAACUGGAGCAUCACAUCAGACACGUCAGAGCAGUCUUACUGGAAAUGGUUUGUGUGUCAUUUCAAGGCAGAGAUAGAAAAACUCCAUGGUAGAAAGUUUGAAGGCAAAGGAAAAAUCCCUCCUCAAUGGAAAUAUGUUACAAAGGACACUGUACUCUCUGAGCUGAAAAAUUGA